CACAAAAUGGCAGUAAAAAAGUUGGCAGGUAAUACACAGAGAUUUACCUAUAACUAACAAUUAUAGGUAACUAACAGUCUGUAAUUCUUGUAGCUUCUAUGAAUUGCUCAAGCAACCUGGAUAGUAACCAAACCAAACUGACUGUGUGGUGUAAAUUAAACAAAAAUCUGAAUUCAUAAUUUUUGUUAGGCCAUAAACUAUAGAAUUAACAUCCCCAUGCUUAUGAAUAUUUAACUUAUGGGUGUGUUUAAAAUCAAUGCAUCAACCCUCCUGUGUAUGAUGUGGCCAGGUUUCAUUUAAUAUAAAUGAAUCCACAAAACUGACACCAAACCAACAAGCGUGAAAAUCCUCCCACAGCUACAAAAUGUUGCUAUGAAGUGGUCUUAUUUUUAAAACUUGGGGUAUUCCUAAUACAUUUUUAAAAUGCUUAACAGGGUAAUGACAGAUGCAGAUAAUCAAGAAAUGGACUACUGCUUUUUAAACAACAAUUUGUCAUGCAUCAAAGAAAUCAAACCUCAAGUGGAGUACUUUGUUUUGUACAUUUUCAUAUCUUUAGCAUCUUUUUUCACUGUGUUUCUGAACCUGCUGGUGAUCAUCUCCAUCUCUCACUUCAAGCAGCUUCACACUCCAACCAACCUGCUCAUUCUCUCUCUGGCUGUGGCUGACCUGCUUGUGGGACUGAUUGUUAUACCACUGAUGGGCAUCAGAUAUAUUGAGACAUGUUGGUACUUUGGAGAGACAUUUUGUUCUUUGUUUCCAUUUAUUCUUUAUACUGUUGUUUCAGCAUCUGUUGGUAAUUUAGUUUUUAUAUCUAUAGAUCGUUACAUUGCUGUGAAAGAUCCUCUGCAAUAUUCAACAAGGGUCACCACCAACAAAGCUGUUUUUUGUAUCAUUUUAAACUGGCUAUGUUCAAGCAUAUAUUCAGUUAUCAUGUUAUACAAUGCUAUUUUCUAUACGGAGAACCCAAUUACAUGUUACGGGGACUGUAUUGUUACUGUCAAGUUUGAGUAUGUUCUCACAGACCUCAUUGUUUCAUUAGUGGCCCCUUGUUCAGUAAUAAUAUCUUUAUAUGGGCAGAUCUUCUGUGUAGCAAAAUAUCAAGCUCGGCUCAUAAACUCUGUCACAAAUGUCAGCAGGUCAGAAAAAAAGGCAGCAAAAACACUGGGGAUUGUUAUAACUAUUUAUCUUCUAUGUUGGAUACCAUAUUACAUAGCCUCUCUUUUUCCAGGAUAUGAUUCAAAUGAAUCAGCUGUAAUGAACAUUAUGUGUUGGAUUAUGUAUAUGAAUUCUUGUAUGAACCCCCUCAUCUAUGCACUAUUUUAUAGAUGGUUUAGAAUAUCAAUUAAACACAUUCUGUCUCUGAAAAUAUUCGAACCAUCAUCAGAAUACUUAAGUCUGUUCCCUGAGGUAAAUGAUCAGUGAUAAUAUAUAA